CACCGUCGAUAAGUCUUAUGCUUUCCAAGGUAAGAGAUGGCAACAGAUCGGCCUUUUGGCUGGUCAAGAAGAACUCGUGUCCUAGUCUUAGCCCUCGUGGCUCAAUAUCGAUGAAGAAAAUAAGAAGAUGACGAAAAAAAAUACCACAUUUUCCGAAGAAACAUGCUUAUUUUCUAAAUCUGAUAACAUUAAUCCAAGUGAAGUAGUUUCAUUGGAUUGUGAAAUGGUUGGCAUUUCAAACAACCAAGAUGCCUUAGGACGUUGCAGUAUCGUAGAUUAUUUUGGAAAUGUUUUAUAUGACAAAUAUAUAAAGCCGGAAAGUACUAUUACUGAUUAUAGAACUAAGUGGAGUGGAAUAAAACCUCAUCACAUGCACCAAGCAAUAUCUUUUAAAAAAGCUCGUGGUGAAAUAUAUAAUAUCAUUAAAAAUAAAGUAAUUGUUGGACAUUCUCUUCAUUUUGAUUUUAAAGUUCUAAAGUUGAACCGUAACAAUUUCAAGAUAAGAGAUAUUUCUACAUCUACACUUUUACGACAGCUAGCAAAUUUUCCUUCGAAUCAAAUUGUUUCAUUAAAACGUCUUGCGCAGGUCAUUUUAGGAAGAGAUAUUCAAUCUGGAAGUCAUUGCUCAAUUGAAGAUUCUAUAGCAACAAUGGACUUAUACAAAAUAGUUGAAAAUGACUGGGGAAACAAUGUUAAAAGUUCAACAUUAAAGUAUCUUGACGACUUUUUCUGGCCUUGUUGGUUGCAAUAAUAUUUUGUACUAACAUUAUUGCUCAAUAUAUAGUUUAAAUAUAUAA